CUCUCGCGGGAAGCGGCGGAGUCGUUAGGGCGGCCUGACCUCGGUGCGCGCUUGCGGCCGCGAUGGAGAAGCGGCGCCGCGGCGGGAGGAUGCCCACGUCUCUGGCGCCUCAGCAGCCGCCGGCGACGCCUCGGAAAGAGAGGCGGCCUAGCAUGUUCGAGAAGGAGGCAUAUGCACAAAUUUUAAGAGAAAGACUGAGAGAAUCAAUUCAUGAUGUUCAGUAUGUAGAGCCUCCAUUCGAUGAUUCCAUUGCUGAUAUUGGUAAAGAAUGGAAGAGUGCCCUGGCAAAAUUAAAGUUUGCUAAUUCAUACAGAAUGGAGCCAUUGAAAAAGUUCCAGGCUCAUUCAGUAGAAACGAAAGUGCAGCAGAUAUUAGAGGAAAGUCUUAAAGAUGUCAAAUACGAUGAUAAAGUCUUCUCUCAUUUGUCGCUUGAAUUAGCAGACCGCAUAUUGUCGGCAGUCAAAGAAUUCGGGUACCACCGUUAUAAGUUCAUUAUAAAAGUAUUAUUUAUUCAAAAGACGGGCCAGGCCAUCAACAUCGCCAGCAGGUGGCUCUGGGACACCGCGUGGGACAGCUGGGUUGCUGCUAAGCAUGAGACUGAAACUUAUGUGGCACUGGCUUUAGUGUUUGCUCUUUAUUGUGAAUAGCUUGUUCCAUGUACCAAAGAGUGCUUGCUUCUCACCUUUUCAGAAACACAUGCUAUUAUAUUAUAGAGUUGGAAACAUCA